AUGGUUUGCAACAUCGAUUACCAACCUAACCCUAAGGACUUAAGAACCGCUAUAGUUUUGGAUCAAUUAGCAGAAAUUCAAAGAUUAAUCGAAGAAAUAGACAAAAAUGGCGGUGCUAGUCCGAGUAAGCUUGAGUUAACUAAAGAAAUUCUCAACGAAUACAAAAAUUUACGAUUAUUUCGUGAAGGAGAAAAAAUGAGUCGAUUGAUUAACAGGAUUGGAGAGGAGCUUCGUAUUCAUUCCAUAAAUAAUCCUAAAGAAUUUCUCAAUCAAUUACAAAGUUUGACUUUUCAACAAAGAUUAACAUUACGUGAAAUUUGCAUUAAUAGACUUACAUCAUUCUCGGAUUUCGCAAAUUAUAUUAAUCAUUACAGAGAUAGUCGAAUUCAGCAACCUUUAGACGAACUUAUAACAGGAUCAGCAGAGUAUGAUGGAUCUAAACAAUCCAGUCGUCAAAUCGAAAAGUCUUACAAUAAAACAUCCAAUGUAAAUAACGAGACAGCAAAACUUUUAGACGAAAACAGAAAAUUGAAAUUCGAAGCAGCAAGACACCAAGCAGCAUUGGGUAAUGUCGUGAAUAUUAGAUGGAGUGAUGACGAUCCUAAUAACUCUAUGCAAGUAAUUAAAGAUAUUGAAAAACUUCAGCGUGACCUACAAUCCUUUACCGGAGUCAAAGGGACACAGAUCAAUCAAGAAGCAGCUUCUGAACUCUUUAAAAAAUACAAAUGUACAACAAAAUUUGAAGAUAAAGCAAUGAAAGUUGUUUUAGCUGCUGUCCUACAAAGACAUGUUCUUGAUUUUAUAUAUGAUAUCUCGGAAAGUUUUACGAGACAAGUUCGAACUACAAAUACAAAUUUAGAAGAUGACCAACUUGAGGCGGGCAUUUGUUCUAGAACAGCAGAAUUAGUUCCAAUGAUAACCCGGUUUUCAGAAGUUAAUCCAGGAAAUGAUGAACUUACUCGUGUUCUUCCAAUAAAAAUACGUCAACAAAUAUAUGCAGCACUUUCUAAUAGAGGAUUUAACAAUCAAAAAGAUCAUACACUUAUUCAACAAACGCUUGAAAAUCUUAUAAAAGAAAUGGAACGUUACAGAAAAAUAGAAUCCAAAGAUAAAAAUAAACAAAUUGUUGUAAAAGCAACAUCGAUAAUUCACCAAGUUUUAAAUAUAUUUUGCUUUCGAUUAAAUACUCAAGAACCGAUACCUAAUAUUCGGUUUUAUGAAAGUGGUGAUCCUAUUGAUAUUGAACUUAUGGAUGGUAAUUGGCUAGGUGAUGUUAAAGAUUUUGAAGUUGAAAUUUGCUCAUUUCCAGCUAUAGUAAUUGAAUGUGAUAAAGUACUUUGGCCUUGUUAUAAAAAUAAAGUUUGGACUCGAAUGCAAAAAAAUUUUUCCAAUGAACGAAAACAUCCUAAAUGUGAAAAUGUGCAAGAGUUUUCGUUUCCUAAAAGAGUUAAAGGUGAACUAAAAAAUCAAGAAUCUGAAAUAGGUCCAUCUUAUAGAUUUGAAAAUCAAUACAUCCCUCCUCUUGAAUUUCAACCACAUAUUUAUUUUGAUCAUAACAUUAACGAGGGUAAUCCUAAUCAAGUUAAAAACCAUUUACUUGCAGGAAGAGUGAAAAAAAUUGAUAUGCAAAAUCAGAUGUCUUUGAGAUCCAAUUACAACCACAAUAGAACACAAGAUAUACCUAAUAUGGAAAGUCAGCAAUUUUUAGAACACAAUGAGAGAAAUGAACCGGAUCUCAAAUCUGAUGAUUUCAUCAUUAAAAAUUCUAUAUCCAGCCAUCCUCUAAAUAAAAAGAAAACCAAUAAGAAGAAUACAACCUACAAAAAUGGAUAUUGUGUAAACCAUUCUUUUAAGAAGAAUGUACAACAUGCAUGGGGAAUUGAAUCUGAUGAACCAUCAACAAUUAUUGUCAGAUAUAGUAAGAAAUAUAGUGUUAAAAAGAAAAAUGAUAAUUCAAGUAGUAGUUCUUUGAGCAUUAAAGAGUUUAAUCAAUGGGAACCUUGGGCUAACCAACAAGAAUUUGAGUUAGCUUUGAAUAAGAUUGAUCGUUAUUAUCAGGCAAGCAAUCUAAUAGACAAUAAUUUAAUUACAAGAAGACUUCAGCAAAUUGAUUGUCUUAAUGUAAACUGA